AAGAAUACAUUCUCACGCCCGCUGUAGAGAUUUAUGAGACGACUGGAGACACAAAUCGAGGUCACUCAAAGAACACUUCCUUUUAGUUGACACCAGCGAGUGUAAAGGGACAGUGAGUGCUACUAGCCGACACUUCACAGCAAUAAACUGUAUAGAAGACCGCGGAAGGGCACAGCAUGCACUCUGGAUGGUCCAUCUGUUUGUCCUACAGCCAAGUACUCUGUAUAUGACUAAACUUUGAAGACAGAUGUGCAUUUAGUGAAACCUUAUCAUCAAUCCCCCCCCAGUACAUCCAUGUGUAUAAUUUUCUUCAAGUUUGACCCCCGGCCUGCGUCCAAAAAUGCCUACAGGCUAAUAUUGGCUGCAAACAGAGAUGAGUUCUACAACAGGCCGUCCAAAGCUGCAGACUUCUGGGGGACCAACAGUGAGAUCCUCAGCGGCCUGGACCUGGAAUGUAGUAAGGAGGGAGGAUCAUGGCUGGGGAUCAGCAAGUGGGGCAAGCUGGCUGCAAUCACCAACUACAUGGAAGGACGUCUCAACCCCGAUGCACAAGGAAGAGGAUUUCUAGUGUCUAACUACCUGAUGGACAAGGAUCUGGACUGCUACUCUUACCUGAAGAAGGUGUCGACAGAAAGCCACCUGUACAACGGCUUCAACCUCAUCACCGCGGAGUUCAAGGCCAAACAAGACACUGUGUGUUACUAUGGAAACAGAGGCAGCCCUGAACCCAUCCAUCUAAAAGCAGCAGGAAUCUACGGGUUGAGUAAUUCACUGCUGGAAACUCCAUGGAGGAAACUGCUGCAAGGCAAGCGUCACUUCACCAGCGUUGUCAGCGACCAGUCCCUGUCCUGCGACGGACUGGUGCAAGAGCUGCUCAGCGUCCUCAACAAUGAGGAACUGAACACACCUGAUCCAGCUCAGGAGAGCCAGGGUGAUGGUUUAAGCAAGCCAGCGAUCCAGGCUCAGUCUGCAGUGUGUGUUCGCACCCCUCAUUAUGGCACAAGGACCAAUACAAUUAUCCUGAUAGACGCAGAAGGCAACGUGUCCUUCACAGAGCGCACCAUGCUCAACUGUGACACAAGCAAAUGGAGCACCAGUUCUUUCCAGUUCAAACUGCAGGCGUAAAGACAUGAUGGAGGAAACCCACUCUGUGCCUUUCUGCAUUACCUUUUUUUAAAUGUGUGCUAAUUUAAAAGAUUGCCAAAGAAGAUUUAUAAUUUUGUAGAGGAAAAUUAUUUUACCCACAUUUCACAAAACAGCAGGGUUGGGUUGCUUCAAAAAGUCUAGUCCAGUACAGGUCGCUGGUAACCUGCUUUAAAAUGCAACCAUUACCGUCGAGAUUAAGAUUAUUUUAAUGCAAUCUAAUUUAUUCUUUUUGGUGUCAUAUUUUUACCUAUACAUGUCGUGGAGUGAACAUACACUUUAUGCACAAUUUCCAAACUGCAAUUUUAAAUAGUUUUUUUGUUUCACACAAUGGGAAAACGUUGAGCCACCAGUAUUUUUCUAGAGAACGUGUAAUCUGAUUUAGGUUUACAGUUACUGUCAUAGAUUAGAGCUACCAACUACGUUUUACAUUUCUGAUUACUGUAACUCCAUUACAGGUAAUUCAUGAGUUACAUCCCAACCCUGCACAACAGUAGCCUGAGUGUUGGUUACAACAGAUGUUGAAUGCAAACCGUUUCAGGCUCUGGAUCUCUGACCACUUCCAUAGCUGCUUGAAAAUAAAACAAUUUUUUUUCCAAACAAUCACAUUUGGCUUACCAUGUAAUGAUUGUUGACACAAACACACUGGGAGGAAUUCAAUUUUUUGUUGAAGUGACCACAUGUGUUGAUUCACCUGCCAGGAAAUUCCUGCAUUUAAUGUAUAUCAAAAAGAGAGCUGGUUCUUCCUUUUA